AUGCUCAGCUUCAAGGACAGGAAACCCAAUCUGCUGACCCAAGGCAGCCUGGGCGACAGGAGGGACCUGGUGUUCCCCUCACUCCACCUGGGCGUUUCCCUCUGUGGCCCUCCGCCCAGCCUGGGGCCAACCCUGCUCAAGGGUGUUCGGGUCUCAGCUGCUGUCUCCUGCAGCAGCGGGAGCAGCCCUGUUUCUGCUCACCACGUUUUUCUGGGACCCCAAGCCACACGAGUCAAGAGGAGAACCCAGCAGAACGGAGGAUGGGGCUGCGGCCGGAUUCCUGCCUCAGCCCAGCCCCUAGCGCCCUGUGACUGUUCUGGACCUCGGUUCUCACUCUGUGCAAUGGGCCAGCAGCCGAGCUCUGGCCCCUCCCCCAGGGUCCCGGGGGAGGUGGCCCCAGACAGGGACCAAGAAGAGGCCGGCAUGAAGAAGUCGAAUGUCCUGGCCACCCAGCAUGGCUUCUUCACCAAAGGGAGGAAGAAGAAGGGUCAGCCCAGCUUAGCAGAGACUGAGGGCGAGCCUGAGCCCAGUCCGCGGCCGCCUGCCCAGCUGCCCACAGUGGAGGAGCUCAAGGCCGACCUGGAGCGCGGGCGGCUGGAGGCGGCGGGGCCGCUGCUGGCGCUGGAGCUGGAGCUGCAGGAGGCCGCGGCGGGCCUCGCGAGCGAGGAGGAGCUGGUGCGGCGCCAGAGCAAGGUGGAGGCGCUGUAUGCGCUGCUGCGUGACCAGGUGCUAGGGCUGCUGCGCCGGCCGCUGGAAGCGGCGCCCGAGCGGCUGCGCCAGGCGCUGGCCGUGCUGGCCGAGCAGGAGCGCCAGGACCGCGCGGCGGCGGCGGCGGGGCCCCCGGGGUGCCCGGGGCUGGCGGCCACGCGGCCCCGAGGCUGGCUGCAGCUGUGGCGGGACGGCGUGGCGCAGGCGGCCGCGGAGCGCCUGAGCCGGCGGCCGCCCGCGGACGCCGAGGGCCGCACGGAGGCCGAGCGCGCCUUCCUGCACAUGGGCCGCACCAUGAAGGAGGACCUGGAGGCCGUGGUGGAGCGCCUCAAGCCGCUCUUCCCCGCCGACUUCCACGUGGUGGCCGCCUACGCCGAGAGCUACCACGCGGAAUUCGCGGCCCAGCUGGCGGCCCUGACGCAGUUGGAGCUGUGCCCGCGAGACACCUCCAUGCUGCUGCUCUGGGUGCAGAACCUCUACCCCAACGACAUCCUUAGCAGCCCCAAGCUGUCGCCCGAGCUGCAGGGAGUCAGACUGGGGACCCUCCUGCCCCUGACCCAGAUCUCGCUUUUGGAGGCCUCGUUCCUCUCCAACGAGGUGGCCAUCGUGAGGAAGUGGAUGGCCCGAGCUCUGGAGCUGGAGUCAGAGCGCUGGACCAAGGAUGAGGCCCCACAGAGGCUGGACGGCCGCUGCCACAGUGAGCUGGCCAUCGACAUCAUCCAGCUCAUCUCCCAGGUCCAUGAGAAUACCAAGAGCAUCACCCUGGACCUGGGCACGCAGAUAAAGCCCUUCUUGUUGGAAGAGCUGGCCAGGUUCCUCAGGAGCUACCAGCGCGCCUUUGAUGACUUUCUGGAGCGAUGCAGACAGCUGCGAAAUUACAGGGCCAAUGUCAUCGCUACCAUCAACAACUGCCUCCCUUUCCGGACGUCCGUGGAGCAGCAGUGGCAGACAAGGCCAGACCUCCGGAGCUCCCUGCUGAGGACCCUGAAUGCGCUCCAGAGCCGUGGCUUUGAUACCCUGCUCCAGAGCCUGUUUGGGGACCUGAAGCCGCUGUUCAAGAGGUUCACGCAGACCCACUGGGAUGCCCCCCAGCAGAUCCUGGAGGAAAUCAUCUCCGCCGUGGCCGAGAGGAUGCCUGAGUUCUCAGAGCUGCAGGACUGCUUCCAGGAGGAGCUGCUGGAGGCGGUCCACCUGCACCUGGUGAAGGAGUACAUCACCCGCCUCUGCAAGCGGCGCCUGGUCCUCAAGACGGCGGAGCAGCAGCAGCAGCUGGCGGGGCUCGUCCAGGCCAACGCCCAGCACAUCCAGCAGUUCUGCGCCCAGAACGGCUCCCGGGCCACCUGGCUGCACCACGCCCUCCCCACGCUUGCCGAGAUCAUUCGCCUGCAAGACCCCAGUGCCAUCACGAUCAAGGUGGCCAUGUACGCCAUCUUGUACCCUGACUUCAGCAAAGACCACCUGAGUGCCAUCCUGGCCAUCAAGGGGAACCUGUCCAGCAGUGACACCAAGAGCAUCGGGAGCGUUCUGGACAGCAAGACGGGGGCACACGAGCCCUCCAAGGCUCUAUUUUCGCUUAUAAAGGUUGGUUAUCUUUUCCCGUGUCCUAACCUCCUUAGGAGCACCUGCCGAGCAUGGGACACCACUCUGUUUAGGGGCUGUCAGACCAGCACCAGCGUCACAGCCCCAUGCGGCCCCUCCGGGUGUCCUGCCUUCUGCUACUGCUGCUGCCCAGGCCUGGCUGAGGAGUGGGCCCCUGAGCCGCUGGAACUGGAACAGCUGUGUCCUGAUGACCCCUCCUGUGGGGCAGGAGCCGUUGAGGGAAGCUCUGUGGAUGAGAGUGGAGCUUGCAUGCCCUGAAGGAGGGGUCAGGAGGGUGUGUGGCUCGGGGACCCAGCUCCGGGAUCACCGCCUGUCCACGAGAUCCUGCCCCACCUGCCUGAGGACCGCCCUGCUCAGGCUGGGUCUCCGGCCUCCCCAGCUCCUGAGCAGGCCCGAGCCUCACCCCUCCUGCCUGCUCUGGUCCAGGGCUGCGUUGAGCCGGCCUCAGCCUGUGAAUGGAGCAGAAG